AUGCGAUUCGCAGGUCUUCGUCCACUGUCUAUCCAGACAUUUCUUCACAUCUCAUCCCUCCUCUAUCAAAUCCGAGUCCAAGCCCACUCUACAAGCUGCAAAGCAACACCAAACGACGUGUCCUGGCCAAGCCUUUCCCAAUGGGCCACCCUUAACCAGACCCUAUCCGGGCGCCUGAUACACGGCGUCCCACCUGCUACCGCCUGCCACUCUUCAGGCCCGGGCUUCAAUGCCAGCUGCGUUGAGAUCGAGGCCGCGUGGAGUAGCUUCACGUUCCACCAGGACAAUCCCGUUAGCUCGGCGUGGAAUAAUAUGAAUAACGAUUCAUGCCUUCCCGACCCCACUGCGCCAUGUAGUGCAGCCGGAUAUCCAAUUUAUGUAGUCAAUGUCUCAUCGGCGGAUCAUGUCAAACUCGCGGUCGAUUUUGCGAGGGCGAAUAACGUGAGAUUGAAUGUCAAGGCCUCUGGGCAUGACUAUCUGAAACGAUCCACGGCUCCCUAUUCCUUAUCUAUCUGGACUCGAUACAUGGUCGGCAACUAUGAAUUCCACGACACGUUCCAACCACAAGGCUGUUCCACAACCAUAAACACUACCGCUGUGACCGCCGAUGCUGGUUCAUAUGUCGCUGAUAUAUAUCAUCGCCUUGAUCAGCACAACCAGACACUCAUCGAUGGGAUGGGGAAGGAGGUCACCAUGGGUGGCUAUGUGACCGGCGGUGGCCACAGCCCUCUCUCACACAUGUACGGCCUUGGCGCUGACCAGGUCUAUCAGGUUGAGAUGGUGACACCGAUGGGUGACAUAUUGACCGCGAAUGAGUGUCAGAAUACUGACCUUUUCUGGGCUGUUCGCGGGGGCGGCGGGAGCACCUUCGGUGUCCUCACAAGACUCACCGUCCGCACCCUCCCAGCCACUCCUAUCGCGGUAUACAAAUUUAGCCUCCAAACCGCAGUAAAUUCCACAGUCUACUGGGAGAUAAUGUCCUAUUUUCUAUCCCAACUGCCCGCCCUCUCCACCGCGAACGUAUCAGCCUUCCUAUACCUCUAUCCCUACCCGGAAAUCAUGCCCAGCGAAGGCUUAGACCCCAAGGCAUCCUUCGAAGGCAUCUUCACCCUCCCCAGCCCCAGCGUCCCAAAUGCACUCGAAGACCUAUGGUUGCCCAUAUAUUCGCACAUUAAUGCGACAUGGGCUGACCAGACCACCACGCAGGCGACAUCUACCGUCUUCCCGAAUCUGUACAGUAUGUUCCUGCAGUACGCAGACGACAGCAGGGCGGGCGUGGACAAAGUUGUUGGGUCAUGGCUUCUGCCUCCCGAGAUACUAACAGAGGACGCAAUGAUGCCCGCUCUAGUGGAUUUUUUGGGGGAGGCGGGGGGGAGGCUGUAUAUGGUUUCAGGGAUGGGGGUUUGGGAUGCGCAGCCCAGAGGCGGGAGCGACGCCGUUAAUCCUGCUUGGAGGAAGGCUUUGAUUCAUGCUGGUACGUUUGAGCUAGGCUGUGUUGUGGCUAUUUAG